GGAGGCAUAUGCUGCCGAUUCACCCCUAUCCACUGCCAGGUGGGCCCGCCUCACCAACCGCCCCUCCCCCGCUGCCACUGACAGGUGGGCCCAGAUCCCCGCGGCCCCACCGGCCAGCCUCACCGACGCAUGUUUCACCCACCCCUCCAAAAACAACUCGUCGCCCUGGCCCGUGUCUCUCUCCUCCCCUUCCCCUUCCCUUUCUCCAUUUUUGCAAGGGGAAAAAAAGAGAGGAGAGAGAGAGAGAGAGAGAGGGAGGAAGCUUCGAGCCCUAGCAAUGGCGGGGUGGUACGAGGAGGCGGUGGGGCUGCUGCGGCGGCCGGCGGUGGCGGAGAUGGCGGUGGACGUGCUGCUGUGCGCGGUGCCGAUCUGGGCGGCCGUCAUGAUCGGGCUCGUCAUCGGCUGGGCGUGGCGGCCGCGAUGGACGGGGCUGCUCUACCUGGGGUUCCGAAGCCGCCUCCGCCUCCUCUACGUUCCCCCGGGCCUCGGCGCGCGCCGCCUCUGGCUCGCCUGCACCGCGCUCUCCGCCUUCUCCGUCGCGCCGCGGCUCCUCUCCACCGCCUUCGGCAGCCGCGGCAAGCACCAGCGCAAGGACGCCGCCUUGGCCGACGACGACGACGCCGCCGACGCCUCCGGGGACGCCGGCGAUUGCGUCGAUGGCAGAACAUUUUUUGAGGGCGGCCAUCAUGUUGUCACUGAGAAGGACCUAGAACACCUCGUACAACUUCUUGAUAACAAGGAGAGUGGGGAUACAACAUGGCAGCAUUUGAUGGAACGUACCACUUCCAACAUGACUUACAAGGCCUGGCGCCGUGAGCCUGAGGUGGGACCUAUCAUGUACUGUAGUCGCACUAUUUUUGAGGAUGCUACUCCUGAGCUUGUUAGAGAUUUCUUCUGGGAUGAUGAAUUUCGUCUGAAGUGGGAUCCCAUGCUUGCAUAUUUCAAAAUUUUGGAGGAGUUCCCCCAAAAUGGAACUAUGAUUAUUCACUGGAUAAAAAAGUUCCCUUUCUUUUGCAGUGACCGUGAAUACAUUUUUGGGCGGCGGAUAUGGGAAUCUGGGAAAACUUACUAUUGUGUUACAAAGGGAGUUCCUUAUCCAGCUUUGCCUAAGAAGGAAAAACCAAGGCGUGUGGAACUGUAUUUCUCAAGUUGGCGUAUUAGAGCAGUUCAAUCACCGAAACAAGAUGGACAGCAAUCCGCAUGUGAAGUAACGCUGGUCCACUACGAGGACAUGGGCAUCCCUAAAGAUGUCGCCAAGGUGGGUGUCCGGCAUGGCAUGUGGGGUGCUGUAAAGAAGUUCCAGUCCGGAUUUAGAGCAUACCAGCAAAUGAGAGACACAGAGAACACCCUCUCUCGCAGUGCCAUCAUGGCUCGAGUAACCACCAAGACAUCUAUUGCUAGUUCCAGUUGCCCCCUGGAUCAAGAGCCCUCCAAUGCAGCGAAAACCAUCGAUGAGAGUGAGAAUUCCAGAGCGGUUCAACCAGGGUUCGACUGGAAAUGGGUGGUGUUCGGUGGCGCAGUGGCUGCCGUCUGCGUGCUCAACACUGGGCUUGUUGGGAAGGCUCUCCUCAUCGGAGCUGCAUCAAGAAGGCAGGCGAAGAAGUGAUGACUGAGUACUGAUGAUGAGUGAUCAGCACCCUACCUGUCAGCUUCUGCAAGAUGGCGUUGAGCUCUCUUGCGCUUCAGACUGUGCAUGUUGCAAGUAGAGAAGAGGUAAAGCGAAAAAAAAAAGGACAUAGAUGCGGUGCUACUACAGGAGGCAGAUAAUUAGCACGCUUAAUUUUGGAUCUCGUAUUUAUGCAGUAUCGCUGUCGCACAUGUGUAUCGUCACCAUAACGUAACAACAGAUCGUCGUCUCUGGCUAAUGUACCUGAAUUGAAGAUAUGUCUAAUGGGGGAUUAAUUAUUAAAAGGUUUUGCUAAUGUGCCUGAACUGUUGCAGUUGAUAAUAAAAUUCUCCGCCGUAAUUCUCGACUA